AUGAAUACACCGGGGCCACCUCCAACAAAUUCAUCUCAGAAUCAGGUAGUUCUGAAGGCUGUUAUAGCUGCAGUUCUAUCUACUUUGGUGGUUGCUGGCAUACUAUUUUAUUUCUUCUACAGAUAUUAUGUAAUUCGUCGAUGGAAGAAAAACAAGUUGAGUUCAAGUUUUCAUAGAGAAGUGCCUCAUCAAGAAUUCCAGCAAACUGGGGCUUUAAAAGGGUUGAUAGUUGAUGAAAACGGGCUUGAUGUUAUAUAUUUGAGAAGAUUCGAUGGUAGCCAACUAGGAAGUUGUUUUUCUAAGAUUUGGGUGAAUCGUAUGGAUGAGGAUGAGGAUGAGGAGGAAGAGAAGAGAAUUGAUAGCGGACAAGAGCAAUCAGUUUCAAGUGAUCACAUUCAAGAAAUGCCUUUACUGCAAAAUUGUAGCAAUGUAGGUAGCUAUGAGAAUAAAGAGGCAGUUACUGCAUCACAGCAAACAACUAACUCACUCUUUGCAGCAAGCAGAUCUUCAAAACAGCCAUCAACCUCAUUACAGUUUCAACAAAAGGAAAUCAUUCCGCCUCAGCCAGAAACACCGUCUCAACUAGCACUUGUCUCGAGUCAAAAUCCGCCUCAGCCACCGAUACCUCCACCAGCUCCACCACCUCCUCCGCCUCAGCCACCAAUACCUCCACCAGCACCACCACCUCCUCCGCCUCCCCUUCCAAUGAAGAGGAUUGCCAAAGCACCAACACCACCUAAUGCAGGAAAGAUAAAAUCGUCUCCACCACCCCCACCAAAGGGUGGUGGUUUAAGUUCAUUGAUAAAACCACCUAUUGCACCAAGAGGGAAAGGGAGCAGGAAAGAUAAAGCAGAAGCUCAAAACGAAGAGAAGUCAAACGAAAACGGUGAAACUCAAGUCAAAUUGAGGCCACUGCACUGGGAUAAAGUCGUUGCUAAUGCUGAUCAUUCUAUGGUCUGGGAUGAAAUUAACAAUGGAUCUUUCCGAUUUGAAGAUGACCUGAUGGAAGUUCUUUUUGGAUACAAUGUCACUUCCAAUAGAACCCCUGAAGGAAAUAGGGCGACAACAAGUUCAGGCACUUCUAAGUUGGCUCGACCAACUCAAAUGUUUAUCCUCGAUCCUAGGAAGUCACAGAACACAGCAAUUGUGCUAAAGUCUCUUUCUGUCUCUCGCAAAGAAAUUCUUGAUGCCCUGACGGAGGGCCAAGGACUCAGUGUUGACACUCUAGAAAAACUAACCAAGAUUCGCCCAACUGAAGAAGAAACGUCAAAAAUCCUUCAAUUUGAUGGUAACACAAGAAAACUUGCUGACGCGGAGUCUUUCCUCUACCAAAUGCUGAAAGCUGUUCCUUCUGCAUUUAAACGUUUCAACGCGAUGCUUUUCAGAUCAAACUAUGAUCCAGAAAUUCUUAACCUCAAGGAGAAUCUGCAAACAAUUGAGCUGGGUUGUAAGGAAUUGAGAACAAGUAGAAUUUUCAUAAGACUUCUGGAAGCGAUUCUUAAGGCUGGCAAUCGGAUGAAUGCAGGAACGGCUAGAGGAAAUGCUCAGGGAUUCAACCUUAGUGCUUUACAAAAACUAUCAUAUGUGAAAAGCAAUGAUGGAAAGACUACUCUGCUUCAUUUUGUAGUCGAACAAGUCAUCUGUUCUGAAGGUAAACGUUGCCUUAUCAAUAAAGGUCACAAGGAUGAUUCCGAUAGAAAAACGGAAAAAGUAGAGAAAGAUACUGAGCACCUAACACUAGGUUUACCAGUAUUGCAAGGGUUAAGUUCCGAAUUCUCUAAUGUAAAGAAAGCAGCUACCAUAGACUGCGAUAGUUUCAUCAAUACAUGUUCCACUCUUACAACACGGGUAAAUGACGUUCAGCAGCUCAUAACGUGUUGUGGAAUUGCUGAAAAGGAUCAAUUUGUAAAAGAGACUAAAGGUUUUCUAGAGGAAUGUGAAGAGGAACUCAAGGUGAUCAGAGAAGAACAAACAAGAGUCAUGGAACUUGUCAAGAGAACGACAGAGUAUUACCAAGCAGGAACUUCGAAGGAAAAAGGCACAGAGUCACUUCAGUUGUUUGCAUUUGUGAAAGACUUUCUCGACAUGGUUGACAAGGUGUGUGUUGAUAUCACAAAGAAAGUACAGAAGAAGAGUGCAGCAACUGUAGAGUCAUCACCACCCCGAUCACCAAGACCAAUAACUCCUGUGAGGUUCCAUAACUUGAGAACAUACUUUACACCAGAAAUAGUAAGUAGUGAAUCUGAGAAUGAUUUCUGAUGGAACUUCAUUACUCAUAUUACUUC